AUGGCGCCAAAACCUAGUGACAUUGGCCGCGAUCGCCCUGGUAGCUGUACCCGCAGCGACCGCUUUGCAUGGAGCGACGAAGACCGCGAGGGCUUGCAAGCACUGUUCGAUGGCUCAGAUAUCCUCAAAUUUGGUCAUCACGAGUGCGAAAACAACGCUGUCGCCAUGCGCAGCACCACCGACGAUCAUGCUGAACACGACAGAGCGCUCAUGGAUCCUAGUCCCGGGCCAUCAAAGCGGACUCUGGGUGCCAAGAGGCUGAUGCAGCCGACUGCUGAUGCGGUCUUUGACAAGACAAAAGUCCAAGGGACUUCCAAACUUCCGGGUGUUCCCUCAAACCCAAAAGAGGGAAAGAUGUGUUUGGUAGUAGGAGACAUUGGCGGAAGCGAUGCGUCGAAGGAACGACAGCAAAGACACCAUCGCAACCACGCACAUGGUGCUACUGGUGAUUCCGUUGAAUCAACGAGAAUUCAACGCUGGCUGCAUGAAAAAGGACAACAUGCAAGCGACUACAAGCAGGCUCAGAGCUUCAUUCCACAACUCAAAAGCCGCCUUUACCGCAACCCAGCUCAAGGAGGCUCACCGAGCGCAGCAGACUCCGCAGACUCACGCUCUGCAUCGCCACAAAGCUCGAUAUCUUCGCCUUUGUGGCAGCCGUCUGUUCCCGUUGCCUGUCGCCACAAUCAUCGACCGUCCACCCCUUCCGAUCGCCAGCACCACUCCCCCAGCACAGUCGGAAGACCUCAACUCGCGCGCCAAAGCCACCUUUUCGAGAUCUCUCUCAAAGAUUCAAGCUCUGCAGACAGCACUUUGAGUGAUGAAGAGGAUUGGGAUCUGGUUGAAAACCCGAUGAACGACAGUGUGCAUUCAGAUAAAGCUGGACCUGAUCAACAGCGCAAACCGUUGACCUGCGCAUCAUGGCGACCAUUGGGCCCACAGCCCGAGACGCCAUUGGACCCCCCCUUCUAUGACGCAGUUCACGUCUCUGAAUCACCAGAGAGGGAAUACGACGAGAUGGUAGCCAGCGAAGAGACGCAGGCGAUCCGUUCCGACUGGACUGUCCCGGACAGCGCUGGUCGAAGUCAGCUCCUGCAGGAGACGUACGCAUUUGAGGCAAAGUAUCCAAACGCAGCGCCCGUCUUGCGUGGUCUCCUAAGCCAGACGCAUCUGUUCGAGACAGUGGGCUUUGUGCGCCCCACGAUCAAUCCUGCGUGGGAUCAGUUUGCAUCCGCGCUCGACAAGGCCGUACGGGCGGGCGAAGUAGCGGGCGAAGGCAUGUGUAUAGCUGUCGAGGGUGCCAAGAUUGUCGGAAAGGUCGCCAAUGAUAUAGUAUUCACUUUGGCCCCUAAUCUUUGGGACUAG